AGUGUCCGAUUUUACUGUCUCCAAUAUGGACCCGGCAACGAAGAGUUUUUUCGUGGCACGUCGAAAAGAGGACCCCGAGAAUGCUGUCUGUUGUGACUGCGGUGCUGCCAACCCACAGUGGGCAAGCGUCCCUUAUGGGAUCUACUUCUGUCUAGUCUGUUCUGGGAAGCACCGAUCUCUGGGGGUACACCUUAGUUUUGUGCGCUCGACCACGAUGGAUAGCUGGAACCCCAAACAGUUGAAGAAAAUGGAGCUCGGUGGCAACAGCAAGUUUAACAAAUUCUGUCGAGAGAUGGGAAUCGACAAGAUGUCGAUCUCGGAAAAGUAUAAUACUAAGGCGGCGGAGUACUAUAGGAACUACAUUCAAGCUUUGGCUGACGGUACCGCGCCGCCUGAGAGGCCCUCGGUAGCUGACGGGAAGAUGCCGGCAUAUCCUCCUCCUGCUUCGUCGACUAGUGGUAGUCAACGAAGCGCGUCUCCUCCACCAGGGUCAGGUUUUGACUCGUCCAAUGGGUAUAGCAACGGGUUCAAUACGCAGCGACAGCCUGGCCGGAAUACCAUGACGGGCUUUGGAAGUGAGAUGUCUGGUAUGAGGAAUCAGGGAAGCUCUGAUCGAUACAGCUCGGCAGGGUUCCAGCAAGGAGGAGGACCGAGCCAGGGAGACUACUGGCACCAAGAGGGUCAGGAGGAUAACGAUCCUUUGGGGAACAUGAUCUCUGGUGCCGCGUCGUGGAUGCGUUCUGCGAGUCAGCAAAUACAACAUGACGGUUGGAAUGCGACUGCUCAGAGUUAUGCUCAGUGGGCAGCUCAGAAGAGCUCUGAAGCGUAUAGUACUGUCACCGACGAGGCCUUCAAGGAUAAGGUUCGUUCGAAACUAGCGUCAACGUCGGACUGGUUCUCGCAGCAGCUCGGUGGUACAGGUAGCUCAGCCAGGGGUGAGCAGGCAGCUGAGUAUCUCGGCACCUUGUCGUCGGGAACAAUGGAGGGUUUUGGUUCGGGUUCUGUGAGGCCUCCAGUAUCAUCGGCGCCGCCGAGCACUACACGGGGAUCUGCUAGGGGGGAGGCAGCAGCUACCUAUCUUAACACCUUGUCCACUGGGAAGAUGGAAGGAUUCGGUUCGGACUCGAUGGUGUCCUCACCUCCUCACCAGGCAGGGAGUCAUGACGCCCAUGGUCGGUCCAAUUCUUCUCCACCACGCGCGAGUGACUCGCCGUUGAUCGACUUGUCGUCCUCGACCGUCUCUAAACCGUCCCCGCAGCAUUCCCAACCGAGCUCUGCUGGGCAUCAGAAGGCUCCACAGGUGGGCGGCUUGCAGCCCCAGAAGAAGACUGGCACUUUGAGUGACCCCGAGGCUUUCUGGAAUGAGGACAACUGGUGAUUUGUUCACUUACUAUCUCUACUGGAAUCGUGACCGACACCAAGCCUGUCACCUGCUCCCCUCCUCUGCACCGCUAUUACAGUCGUUGUUUUUCAUCAAAAUGUACCAUAUAGAUGGUCGGAAAGGGGAAUGGGUAGCAGUAGUAUCCUCAGUUCUUACC